CAGCCUUUAUGUCGUAAGCUUUUCAUUUCUUUUCUACUAAUGAAAAGUUUUUAUUACCCAUUAAUUGAUGAUCUAUAAUGUUCUUUGAAGUGAUCCAAAUGGUUGUCAUAGUUUUUAAAGAAAAUAAAUAGAUAACAAAUAGUCUGAGUCAUGAUCAUCAUAUUAUAGUGGUGUAUAUAUGUGAUCCAGUAUUUAUGCAAAUGUUGAACGGAUCGACGGAGUACAAUAUCAAUAAUACUGCUGUAUCAUCAGGACAUAAAGACAAAAUGAGCGCCGGGAGUGCUAGUGUAGAACGGGAGCUGGCGAGCACGCGGCGCUUGCUGUGGGGUGAACACGUUAAAGAAGAUGUGUUUCGUCGGUGGGCUCAAGGCUUUCAGUUUAGCCCCGACGAGCCUAGCGCGCUCAUCCAGCAGGAGGGUGGACCCUGUGCCGCUAUCGCUCCGGUGCAAGGCUUCCUUCUUAAAAUUCUUCUGUCUGAAACACCAGGACACAGUUUUCAGGACUUGACCUCAGAGAAGUGUAACUCUCUGCUUGUUAGGGCUGUGUGUACAAUAUUAAGCCAGUGUCUAGCACCUAAGUACAAUGUGGCUGUGCAUAGGAAGAGUGAUGCGGACGCAGAGACCAGCACGGGCCAUACAGUCAGUGCGGAGGAACAAUCUUGUGAAACAAUUGAACAUUUUCAUCGUAGGAUCGAGGUGCAUCCGUUUCAGACAUUGUCUGAAGUGGAAGCAUUCUACACAAGGAACAUUCGUGUUUUGAAAGACAAAUAUGGUGUUCUGUUACUUUUGUACAGUGUCAUUCUGAGCAAGGGUGUAGCGACAGUGGAAACCGAGUUGGCAGAACUCUCAGACCCAUUGAUACACUCCACGUACGGCUAUGGAUCUCAGGGCCUCAUCAAUUUGAUGCUCACUGGUCGAGCUGUGGCACACGUUUGGGAUCACGACCAGGUGGUCGGAGGGCUGCGGCUUCGAGGUAUAGAAAAACAAAAUGACAUUGGUUUCCUUACAAUAAUGGAGCACAUGCAAUAUUGUACAGUAGGUUCCUUCUACAAGAAUCCAAAACACCCAGUGUGGGUGUUAGCUUCAGAGACACACCUUACUGUACUCUUCUCACUAGAACGGAGACUAGCCGCCCCAGAGACUGCAGGGGAAUCAGCUGAACGUAUAUUUAGAUCAUUUGAUCCUGAAGGGAAUAAUUUUAUUCCAUCUGCUGCACUGCAGGAUGUGCUGUGUGCAGCGGAUCUCGUCAGCGAGCCUGAAUAUGUAGAAUUAAUGAGGAGAAAACUGGACUCUGAAAACUUGGGCAUCAUCCUUUUGAGUGCAUUCAUGGAUGAAUUUUACCCGGGAUGCGAACGAGGUGCUCCAGACACCUUCACCCUCCACCACUACAACGGGCUGUCGCGCAGCAACCCCGCGGGGCGGGUGACGUACCGCACCGGCCGCGCAGCACUACUAGAGUGUCCCAUGCGAGCUGCCAGUGCAGAUCCCAUGCUCACGUGUUUGCAAACCAAAUGGCCAAGUAUCGAUGUGGUCUGGGACGAUGGACAGUCCCCGUCUCUCAAUUAGCGAAGCUCAACCCUUUGUUGAUGACCUUAUACUCGGAACUUGUACUGUGACUGUGAGAGGAAACAUUAAAAUGUACUUUAAAAUAUGUCACCGAAAAUUCCAUUACUUUAUUGUAUUAACUUAUGUAAAAAAUUGUAUCAAAUGUCGAGGCUCCGUUGGCCAACACACUGUUUGGGCAGCUAUUUUGCAUACAAUUGGGAAUGCCUGCCAUGAAAAGUAUAUUUUAUAUAUUACUUUAUGUAUAUGUCUAGUAUUCAAUGGUUACAAGCUGCCGUCAAAGGUGAUCUGACAAAUUGAGAAUUAAUGCUCAGUUAAUGAUUUCUGAAUUUGAGUUAAAAUGUUGAUUUAUAAAUUUAUGUUAAUUAUCAUAAGAGGCAGUAUGUUCAGUUUUUCCCAGUCAAUUGCUAACCUAGGCACAACUGUUAGAAGUACACCAUAUAAUUUCAAUCUAUUUAUGAGUAUUUGCUACACUUAGAAUUAUUAAUUGCACAUCCAGUCACAUGUGACAUCCAAUAUAUUAUACUUGCUGUGUUCUCAUAACUUAAUGUUCCAUUGCUGUGUGUAAUAUUAUGGAAUCCUUCACAAUAUGUAGAUUAUUCAAUAAGUGAAUGUACUAUUAUUGUAUUUAAAUGUUUCAAACACAUUCAAAUACAAUAACAUACAAUAUGUAUGCAAUAUAUAAUAGAAUAACGAGCAAUAUUGUAUUGUACCUCAAAACAACGCUGCCAAGUAUCUGUUGUAAAUAUGUCUGUUUUUGUACUUAUGUAGUACUUUAAGUAAAUAAUCUGGGCUGUAGGUACUUUAUUUAACAUUGUCACUUGUGUACAUAAAUAUUUUGUAAAUUGUGCGCCCGCGCCGUCGUGGACACCCUGGGAGCAAUAUGUGUUACAUAAAUGACAUUCAUAAUAAUGGGUAUGUAAAGAGCUGUAAAUACCUAUUUUUAGAAAAUAAAUAUUAGCUCUAAAAUAUUCCAGUUGUUAUUUUCAAGGCCAUGUAAGUUUGGACAAUAUAUCAGCUCAGAGAGAAUUUGUCACUGAAAAUAGCGUGUUAGUGUAAGUGAGCCUACGUUAUGUAUAACAUGUCUGGUAUUUGGAUAUAUUUGAAUCCAAUUUGUGUAAAAUAGCUGUGCACACUGGUGUCGCAACAUGGAAAGUAUAAUUAUUAAUACAAGAUAUUUCAGUUAGUCAUAACAUACAUACAUAGUGUAAACAUGCUUUUUUUAACUACAAAACUGAGUUUUAUUUUGUAUGACUUUGGUAUAAAAA